GCUCUUCCCGACCCCCCUGCAGCCGAACAAAAAGAAAAGCCCAGCUGCCAGUGACCCCUUGAGAAAACCAGUAGAAAACCUGAAAUUUCUCCUUCCUUUCUUGUUAAAUAACAAGUUUUAGGACUUAGAAACCCUCCCUAAAGCAAGGAAUUUCAGAUCUGCAGUUUCUCUUCCUCCCCUGUCCGUCGGCUGCCAUGUGGGUGUGUGAUUUCUGGGCAUUUUUCCGUCCGUGAGUUCCCCUGCAGCUUGCCGCCGGCUUCUUCUUCUCCAUGCAGCUCCGGUUUUAGCUGGAGAAUUCUGGUAUGUGGCAGCCCUCCAAGCCCCCGAAUUUGUCCUUUUUUUUUUUUAGGUUUCCCGCCCGGUAUCUGGGCUUCGCCCCGACUACUCCGGACUCGACCAGCUGUGGCGCACCAGAAUGGUGGGUGGGUGUCCCAACGAAGGCUGCUGCGUACAGAAGGUUUCGAACUCGAGACCUUACUUAAGUUGGAACAAGUCGCUUGCCACUUGAUCCAACCCAUUGAUGGUUCUUGAUCCUUGGGGUGCUUUAGUACGUGAAUUGAGUGCUCGGUUUUAUGCGAGUGAGGUAAGUAAAUUUAUGGUAAUGCCCGUAUAAUUUUUAAAAGCAUGUUUUGAUUUGUUUUUGAAGUGGUGGCAAGACUAAACCCAUUUUACACAAGUAUGAUUGAUUUGAAGUGAAAUUUUUUAUACUUUUCAUUAAAUUGAACAUGCCUACUUGAAAUUUAAUUGAUUGUCUUGAUGAUUUGAAAGUGAUUGGUGAAUUAUGAUUUUUCUGUUAACUUCUGCCUAUUUUGUCUCCGAUGUGGUUAUGUUAUUGAUGAUCCUACUAGUGGGGGUUAAACGCUAGCACAUGUCGACAUGUUAUUGAUAAAACCGGUUCGUUCAACCUUGCUAGUGGGGGUUAUACACCAGCAAAUACUCUAGCCUUCCAGUGGGAGGUUUAAACACUGGCUGUGACCUAUAGGGGAGACAUCUAUUUCGUUCCUGCACUGUAACCAUUUUUCGUGAUUAUAUUUGUUGGCAUGCUAUACGAAGCGAAACGAGGACGGGAAAACCACGGGAAGUGACGAGCUAGAAGGCUAGCCAUUUUGAGAUUGAUAUAGAUUUUAGAUAUAGACCAUGAUCUUAUAAAUUGGAUUUUAAUUGGAGAUUUUAUAAAUUCAUUGAAUGGAUUGUUAGUGACAAGAGAUUUGAACUUGAGAUUUUGGUGGUAUUAGAUUGUGAUAUGAUAAGUUCCGAGCCUUGUGCAUUUGUGGGACCCUCCCAUGAGUGCACGGUGUUUGUCGCGCCUCAGAUUCAGGUUCUGGGGUGUGACAAAAGCCCUGAGGGUGGUCCUUGGAUUAGACACUCCAAUGCUUAAAUCAUCAAUAGUCUAGUCUACACUCUUGAGAAAACAAAAGGAAAGAGACAUUUAUCAGUUUUUUCAUCUUACCUUUAGGAGUAGCCUGGGGAAGUAUUUGUAUGUCAUGAUAGGGCAUCUACAUGGCUUACAUAACACAAUAAUCGUGAUAUGAUGUGUUUGACGGAAUAGAUGUCUUUGGUGAACGUAAUGUGUCUUAAUGGAGCAACCGUAUUAAAUGAGUGUGGUAUGUUCUGAUAGAGUAGGUCUCUUGGAGACGGAGCAUUAGGUGAGGACUAGUAAUUGGGUGAAGGCAUUCUCAUUGUAAUUGCCAUACAAUUGUGGCUG